AUGGAUCUCCGCACGAUCAUGAACAGCGAUGCUGCGGCCUCUUCUGCGAAGCCGUCCGAUUCCGUUUAUCCUCCUCGCGACCAACCUGCGCCCUCCUCCACCUCCUACCCAUCCGCAUAUCCUCAUACCUCCCCUGAGCGCUCCUCGUCCUACGGGUCUCUCCAAUCGCCCUACCAGUACCAUCAUCCUCCUCCUCCUCCGUAUGGCUCCUCCACGUCGCGUGACCCGUAUCCCGCACCGGGCCCCUACAAUAAUAACAACAUUAGCAGCAUCCCCAGCAGCAGUCCCCCGUCUACGCGCAGCAGCAUUCGCAAUCCAUCCAUUGCGCCUCAACCGUAUCCGUCGCAACUCGUGGCGCAACCGUCGAUGCCGAUGACACCUCGAGGGUCUAGUGCCACUGCUGCUGCUGCGCCGUUUCCCCGUCACACGCCGCCAUCCGGCCGACCCCAGUCCUCCGGCCAUGAUACCAUUUCCAACCAAGGGUCGAGCCCAUGGGUUGGACCGGAUGCACCGCUGCACAGAUCCCCGGACGCGGUCCCCCGCGUCUCGCGCCAGGACUCGCGGCCACUGGACUUCACCCCGCGCCAAUUGUCCACAUCAGUCGACCGGAGGGCAUCGGAUGACAAUGUGAGCCCCAAGUCUGCUCUCCCGCCGUCGCAUUCUCGGCAAGGCAGCGCGCUCGGCGCAUAUCCGGAUCAGAUCAUCCCACCGCAACAAUCGACCCCUGUGGAAAACGACACAGGGGCAAGGGAACGCCGUCCCAGUAUCCAGAGCUCGUACGCGGCCCCUUCCGCAUCUCAGACCAACAGCUCCCCGACCGCUCGGGGGUCAAUAGCGCACGAAGUUCCGGUGGAGGCGCUAGCGCAAACGGCACCCGUGAAAGUGAAAGCGGAGCCAGGUGCGACUACGAGCAGUCCGCAUGCCCCCAAAGUGAAGAGGCGGAGGUACCACGAGCCCCCGAUCUACGCUCGACGGUCUGUGCGUACCAAAGGGAGAUGUCCGAUGAUCCAGAAUCAACUCCCUCCCAUUCCGAAACACGCCAGAAACUCGGCCCAGAACCCAUGGAUACUGCGCCAGCGGUCCGUAUCUUCUCAGGCCCCCCCUUCCACGGUCGACUCUUCGUUCGUCAAAACGAAGGCCGAGACGCCACCAGUCAAUGGCCCUUCCGUCCCCAGUCAGGCCCCGGAAGGCCCUCAGACGGGCAGCUUGGGACCAUGGGAACCGUCGAUUACUGGAUACAUCCCGUAUGAAGAGGUCACAAAAUUGGUCUGCGAUUUCCUGUUCCAACAUGUCGUCCUGCGGAAUGAUGCCAUUGCAGCUGCAGCGAGCUCAUCGGCCGCCGGACAGGGAGCCAUUAUUGAGAUAGAAGCCAAGUUGGGGCAGCUAGUAGACAUGGAUCGCGGGGAGAGGCUUCACCUGCCAAUCCUGACGGAAAGUGUAGUGAACCGGGAGAAUUCGCGUCUGCGAACGGCCUUCGAAAGCACUAUGACGGUGGCACAACAUCGAGCCAUGAAUAACUUCCUGAAUGAAGCCGUGAAAGCGUCCAUACCACACAGCAAUCAAGGUCGGAUUCCUCUCUCGUACGCACAUAAGAAAGAACGAGACACAUUCUACGAGGUGUCACCCUCCGAUCUCCCGCCCGUCAUCCGACAGAAUCUCAACCCGCGCCACAAGCCGAGGGUGCGAGUGACCGUUGACCAACGAUCGGGCGAAGUCCUGGCCAAGAUCGUCAAAUGCCGAGUUGCUGAUCUUGACGUGUACAGUCCGCACACCUGUGUCGACUGGCGCAUUAGCGUCAACCUAGAAAUGAGUUACGAAGGCGACGUUCAGCACCUACCCGUGAUAGACGGUAGUCGAGGGCGUGGAGGAGAACGUAAUAAGGAUCGGAUGAGCUAUCGACAUCUCGCCUAUCAGGUUGAUCUCACACAAGUCGCAAAAUCGGAGUCCUCCAAAGGCGACUUUGAACACGAACUCGAAAUCGAAGUCUCUGCCGCCGAAAUCCGCCGUCAAGGUCAGCUAGCCAUGGCAGGUGAUCCCAAGAAUCAGUACGAAGAUCUAGUCAAGGGUUUUGUGGAUAAUAUCCGCGUCCUGGCGCGAGCUGUACCUCCAUGA